CUUUUCCUGAGAGUCUACUACCACCACCAAUAUUGUUGCCCAAUCCAUCUAUUUCGAUCGAGCAACCAAACAUCCACAACAUAAGGUACAUACUACAAACUAACAACCAUCCACCCCCACCAAUAUUGUUCUCCAACAUGCCUCAUUCACGAAACGCGAGUGGCAUCAGCGAAAGCGACUUGAGCGAGACCAUCAGCGAACCUGAAUCCGUCAUCAGCUUCAACGAGAACGUAUAUUUAACCAUGCAAAAUACUGUCAUAUCCACUGCAAUUUACGUGGGGCAAGCUAGACAAAUAAUAGAGCAGCUAGCGACGAAUCAAGACAGAUGGAUAACAACUCCACCAGGCGUACAUGACGUGGACGCAUCCAGGAUUCUAGACGCGAUGCUGAGCAACGCUCACAGGACCGGUGGCGAAAGCUCCGAGCGUUAUACCGCCUGUGCUAUUUGCGCAUGUAAGGAGAUCCACGAACAGGUCAACCUCGCGAGGACUUGGUUCAUGUAUCUGCUAUGGCCGUUCACAGCCAGAACCUACCAAUCAUCAGACUUGGUUUCUGGUGAUGCCACGCCGACUAUUAACAACACCUAUGACAGCCUUGUAAGUGCCAGUCGGGAACGGAGUAGCAGAUUUAGGACCGAUGUUAACCGACGAGACGGUUAUAGAUGCGUUGUUUCAGGUCUCUGGGAUGGAGCACACAGGCCUGCCGAUGUUGAUCAGGGUUGGGUAACCUUGGUAGGAACGCGCAUCCUGAAACGUGCUGUCGGUGUUUUCACCAUGGACCGGACACAUAACGCGGCUGCAACAUGGAAUAUCAUUUGGCGUUACUCAGGAAUGUCCGAAGAAAAUAUUCAGAAUAUGGAAAGGCUGGUAGACGAUCCUUCCAAUGGUAUGAUGCUUCAUCACGCUGUUCAUCAUGUUUUUGACAAGCUGAACGUAUACCUCGAGCAGACGGAGCGAGAAAACGAGUACAUAGUCAAGGAGGUUGGGGACAGGCUGUGGAUACACCCUCGUGAGCUCCUUGGUAAAACUAUCACCUUCCGGAAUCACGAUGCCCCUACGCGAGACUUGCCAUUACCUAACCCUCAUUUCAUCGCACUACACGCAGGCAUCUCCCGAAUUUUGCAUAUGAGCGGCGCAUCCGAGGUAUUCGCACAGAUCCUAGACAAAUACGACGAGGCAGCAGGAGGCUGUAAGGAUAGUAUAUCCUCUACGCCCCGACCAAGGCUUCAAAAUUUCAAAUGAAUACGCUCGAACUGGACUAUGCCGUCCACGUGACUCAUUGAUUCACUUUUCGCAUCUGAAUCACCCAAGGACCCCUACCGUUUCGCGAGUAUAAGUAUCUCAUGUACAGUCCUUAUUGAGGACAGCAGAAUCU